AGAGCACAGCAGAGCUAGAGAGACUGGCAGAAAUGAAAAUGGCUGAAACAAGCGAUCGCGUAUGGAAACCAGAUAACGCUGAGAUUGAUGUUUUAAUCGAUUUGUUUCAGAAAAAUCCAUGUUUGUGGGACAAUAAAUCAAAAACAUAUCAUGACAAAUCAAUUAGGAAUGCAGCUAUACAAAAUAUAGCCCUGGAACUUGAUACAGAAGUGAAGAAUAUUAAAUGGAAGUGGAACAACAUUCGAACUCAAUAUAGAAGGGAAAAAUCAAAGGAAUAUAUGAAGAGUGUUAGCGGAGUGGACGAUGGCUACAAAAGCAGAUGGAGGCUAAUGGAUAGACUUAUGUUUUUAGAUGAUAGCCUAGCCCCGAGACAAAUAGAGUGGAAUUUAAAGAGACGACUGAAUCUGAAUAAUGAGGAGGAUGAAGAUUGCAUCGAAAUAGAUGAAGAAAUUAUUAGCGGGAACGAGGCUGACACUGCUCUAGACUGCGCGGCUUUACCCAAAUCCAUGCCAUCAUCUACAAAACAACUUGUCCUAAAGAACAAACUAUCCAAAAAAUCCAGACGCGAUAUUGGGGAGCGACAGCUUUUAGAGAAGGCAAUUCUUUGUCUGGAAACAGCCACAAAUAAACCAAACGAACCAGUUUCCGACCCGGAUUACAAUUUUGGCAGAUAUGUUGCAGAUGAACUGAAAGCUAUAACGGAUCAAAGUACAAAGCAAAUGGCGAAACAUAGGAUACAUUGUAUACUCUUUGAAGCCCAAACCAAUCAAGGAGAGCAUUCAAUGUCGUAUAUGACGAAUACAUAACGAUAUAAACAUCAUUUUGACUGUAUUUGUUGCGGUGCUGAACAGCAUAAAAAAACCCACCUGGUAAUGAAUCCAAGCAAUGAAGCCAUGUUUAUAAGCCUUUCCGCUAAGCCUUGCCCCCUUGGAAAUGUGUGUAUUCCUGGUCCUGUUCUUAUUGGUCAGUUAAGAAGUUUAGUUGACACUUCGGAAAGGUUCAUUAUGACAGCCUGUUUAUAUCAGGGAAACACUUCAUAUACCUUGUUUCACAAAAACCCACUGCCCAUCGGUAAUGAUUUUGAAUGAAAAUUCUGUGUUUAGCCUGUUAUAUGGUGGAUCUUGAGAAAAAUAUGUGGAGAGGCCAUGCAAUGUGAAAAGCACAGAGUUAAUUGGUGAGAGGGGGGGGGGUGGCAUAGUCAAUUGUUAGAUAAUAUCAAUACAAUUACACAAAGUAUCAUGCAGCACCCUCAAUAACAUUUACAUUUCUCACCCUUUCCCUUUUUUAGGGGGGGAGGCUUUAGGCCCCCUUGGGUCCAUCCCUGUCUCAGCACACCUGUUGCCAUGAAAUUUUAAAAUUUCAGGGAAAAAAAUAUUGUUUAUUAUGCCCACUGCCACCGAGAACAAUUUUUUUCUUGUCUUUCUCAGUCUUUCAAAAAUAAAAACAAUG